AUAAGAAAGUCUGCCAAGCGAUUUUCAAGGAGGUGAACUAGAUUAUUAAGAAAGACUCGUUGUGGCCUCACCAUGGCAACAGCGCAAGCCUUUGAAGAGCUGUCACCCACAAGUCGACUGUGUCCGAUGUGCCAGACAGAACAGCCCUUUAUGAAAGCAGUGGGACCAUGUAAGCAUGAAGUUUGUCUAUCAUGUUUAGAAGCCAACAUUGGCAGUCACAAUAUCGCUGUGAAUGCAUUUUCCUGUCCACUAUGUAAUUGGACUUUUGAUGCUGAACACAUGAAUGGAGGGGACAAAUCCACUAGGGUCUCAGCCGAAGAGCGACUCAAGACCAUAAAGGAGAAAGCCAUAGAUUCAAAAGAAGAGGGAUGUACCAUCAGGGUAGACCCUGACAUAGAAGAUGGUGCAGUUAGAGCAGAAUCACAAUCAGGUGAUGAAAAGAGACUAAUUGUCUCCAAUUCGAUCAGGCUGAACGUAGAAGACAAAGAACUCAAGUCAGAAACAGACGAGGGUGAGGAAUCUACCAUCAACCCAGAAACAGAGGAUACUGAGGCAGGCAGCAUCAGGGAAGAGACUAUAACUCCAGAUGUUGAGAACCCUCCCCCAAGGUUACAGCCCGAAACAGAAGAUGACGGAGCCAUCAAGGAAGAAGAAUCAGAGGAUGACAAGAAACCUAUUCUGUCCGAGUCGGAGGCAGAGGAGAGUGAGGAAUACAUCAUCAACCCAGAAAUGGAGGUUAUUGAGGCAGACAACACCAGGGCAGAGACUUUAACACCAGAUGUUAGUGAGGAACCUUCCAUCAGGGAAGGGUCAGGAAUAAAAGAUGUUGAAGAAGCCAUCGUCGCUCCAGAAUCAGAAAAAGGAAUAGAUGAUGAAGCUACAGAAGAGUCUGAAGCACAAGUUGGCAAGGACCCUACCAACUGGGAAGAGUCAGAGGUAACUGAUGGUGAAGAAGCCGUCGUCGCUCCAGAAUCAGAAAAAGGAAUAGGUGAUGUAGCUACGGAAGAGUCUGAAGCACAAGUUGGCAAUGACCCUACUAACUGGGAAGAGUCAGAGGUAACUGAUGGUGAAGAAAUCGUCGUCGCUCCAGAAUCAGAAAAAGGAAAAGGUGAAGAAGUCACGGAAGAGUCUGACGCACAAGUUGGCAAGGACCCUACCAACUGGGAAGAGUCAGAGGUAACUGAUGGUGAAGAAGCCGUCGUCGCUCCAGAAUCAGAAAAAGGAAUAGGUGAUGAAGCCACGGAAGAGUCUGAAGCACAAGUUGGCAAGGACCCUACCAACUGGGAAGAGUCAGAGGUAACUGAUGGUGAAGAAAUCGUCGUCGCUCCAGAAUCAGAAAAAGGAAUAGGUGAUGUAGCUACGGAAGGGUCUGAAGCACAAGUUGGCAAGGACCCUACCAACUGGGAAGAGUCAGAGGUAACUGAUGGUGAAGAAACCGUCGUCGCUCCAGAAUCAGAAAAAGGAAAAGGUGAAGAAGUCACGGCAGAGUCUGAAGCACAAGUUGGUGAGGAACCUACCAUAAAGGAAGGUUCAGAAAUAAAAGAUGGCGAGGAAGAUGCGAUCAUUUCAGAAUCAGAAAAUCGUCGUGAAGCCAAAUCAGAGCAUGAAACACAAGUUGGCGAGGAUCCUUACACCAGGGAAGGGUCAGAAAUAAAGGACGGUAAGGAAGCUGUUUACAACCCGGAAUUGGAAAGAGAAAUAUUUGCCGCGGUGGACCCUAAAACACAAGUUCGUGAGGAUCCUACCAUCAGGGAAGAGUCAGAGAUAAAUGAUGGUGAGGAAGCCGUCGUCACCCAAGAAAGAGAUAUGUGUAGUGGAGCCACUGGGGAGAAUGAGCUACAAGUUUGUGAGGACCCUCCUAUUAGAGAGGCAUUGGAGAUGACGGAUGGUGAAAAAGCCACAAACACCUUAGAAUUGGUCGGUGGUGAAGCCAUUGCAGAGUCUGAAGCACAAAUUAGUGAGGACCUUAACAUGAGGGAAGAGUCUCAGAUAAGAAGUGUCGAGGACGCCAUCAUCGUCCCAAAAUCAGAAAUCAUGCAAGAUGUAGAACCAAAGGACAGUGAGGAACCUAUCACCAUGGCAGAGUCUGGAGCAAAGAACGGUGGGGAUGAUGUAGAUAGCCGAGAAGCAGAAACCCUGGAUGGCAAAGGGUCAGUGUCUAAAACUGACAAGGCAGCCAUAGCUAUGUCUGAAAAUCUUAAAACCAAGGCCGAUAAAGGCUCAAAUAGGAAAUAUCAUGAUCAAAUUAAAGCAACUGAUAUAGCAAUGGAAUGGAAGCUCUUGGAUAAAAAACCUGCAAGUUGGCUUGAAUCAUUUACAUGUAACCUGCUGAAAAUACUACAAUCCGGUGUUGUCACAUCGUCUCCAAGAUCACCCGGAAGAUCAACGAUGAGAGCAGAGCAUUUGUGUAAACUUCAUUCAGCUGGACGCACCACUACUGAAUCUAGUAGUUGUGUUGUGAAAACAUCUGGUUUUGCGUUCGUCGAUGCACCAGUACCCGAAUCAUUCAAAUUCAGCAACACAGAAAUCAAAUACCCAUUUUAUGCGACAUCAUCUUCCAACAAAGUCCUUUUGAAACCACCCACGUUUCUGAAGGAAUUCCUGAAUGUAGAAUCCAAUGGAAAUGCCGACCCGAAACAGAUGAAUGGGGAAACAGAAAACACCAUCAGUGCAGAAGAAGAAAAGCAGGAUAAUGAGGAAGUCAAAGUCAGAGCAGAGACGUUUAAGGAGGCCAUUUGUACUGCAUCUAAAACACAGGGGGUUAUCAUCAAGGCAGGAUCAGAUCCACAGGAUGGUGAGAAACCAGAAGAGUCUGAAACACAUGGUAUCCAAGAAUCAGACUUCGACGAAGAGGUGAAGAGACCAAGUGGUAAAGAAACCAAUGUAAAUGGACAAUCAGAUACACAGGUUGGUGAAAAACCAAAAGAAUCUGAAGCUCAGGAUAUCCAGGGCCAGGGCAUAAAUCCAGAGCCAAGCAGUCAAAAUGGUGAGGAAGUCAACAAUAGGGAAGUGUCAGAAACACUUUGUGCAGAGCCUGAAAGACCAGAUAUUCGGGAACCUGAUUUACAGUCAGAUACAAUGGAUGUUGAGGGCUCAGACAACAGGUCGGGGUCUGAAACAAAUGUUUUAGAAUGGGCUGCUGAAUAUUUUACUGCUUUAGAGGAAGAAGCACAAAAUGGUAAAACACGCAAUUUUGGAAAAGAGCUGGGAUCAAAAAGUCUUCGUGAAUCCAAUGUUAGAGCAGAUCCAGAAACAAGAGAUGCUGCGAGAUCGGACAUUAGUUCCGAGUCGGAAACAAAUGAGCUAGAAUGGGCUGCUGGAUAUUUAACUGCUUUAGAGGAAGAAGCACAGAAUGGAAACACACACAGUAUUGGAAAAGAGCUAGGAUCAAAAAGUCUUCGUGAACCCAAUAUUAGAGCAGAUCCAGUUACAAGAGAUGUUGAGAGAUCGGACAUUAGUUCCGAGUCGGAAACAGAUGAGCCAGAAUGGGCUGCUGCUCAUGAGGAGCAGGCUUUCUGUGGCAAUGGAAAGAGAGAACCAGGCCUACAGGACAGGCAAACAGACAAGGAUAUCAUUGGGGUAACCAAAACAGAUCUGACAUAUCUGGGAGUUGGGUCAAAUUUCGAAACACCAGAUCCUGAUCAGACAAUGUCCAGGUUUCCAGAGAUAAAAUGUUAUCUUUGUUUCCACAAGGACCACACGACAAGAGCAAAAAUGGUGUGCGAAGAUUGUGGUGACAUCUUUCUGUGCCAUGAGUGCAGUGUCGAUCAUAGGAAAAGCAGAGGUACAAUGCGACAUACUUUGACAAGAAUCGGUGAAGCAGGCAGGCGGAGUGCAGGAAUCUGCAAACAGCACAUAGUGUUGUUAAAGUCAUAUUGCAAGUUUUGUGUCAAGCCAGUUUGUUGCGUUUGUGUCCAGCUAUACCAUAGUAAGCAUGAGGUUUGCCAGAUGACGGAUAUGAUCGCAGCAUCUGUUGAUGAACUCCUAUGCUGCUUAGCACAGGCUGAAGACAAGAUGCAACAAUUGAAGACUGAGGAGGCCAAAAUCAGAUGUGCAAGAAAGGCAAAAACCGAUGUGAAGGCAGUCCAUCUAGAAGGGCUUCGACUACAGAAGCAUAGGUUAGUUGAAGAAACAAGAAAGAAAAGUCUGGGUGAAAUAGAUGACGUCAUUUUGUGUGCUGCAGCCAAGGUCUGUGAUGAAAUGGAGCUGAUCAUGAAAGAAACCGAUAUUGAAUUAGAGAUGGCAGGUUUUGAAUGUAAUGGGGGCAUUGGUAGUGCGUGCAACACUGAACAGGAGGACAGGUCCCUAGGUGCCGUCGCCAAUGCCAGAGAUGACCUUGUCAGUUGGAUUAAAAAUGGAGAGUCAUUGCUACAAAACGUAAAAGCACAUCCCACAAAUCUCAAAGAUAUGUCUUUGGCAAUUAGCAUGCUCCAGAAUGCAAUAAUGUUUGAGCUGAGAACGCAAAAUUCAGUGCGGUAUGGCAGAAAGUUAACCCAGGGAUCAGUUGUCGCUGCUGACUUCUCAAUGGAUUUGGAACUCCCGGAUUAUAGGCAAUACGGUGUGAUUGGGGGAAUCCGAAUCUUGGGUGAGAUGGGUUAUGCCGCAGUAUGCCGAUCGGCAAAGGGUCAUACUGAUGAUCUUGUUAUGUUCGGAAAGGAUGGAAAGGUUGAGAAUAUGAUUGAAGAUAUUCCAAAGGUUCAUGGAAUGGACAUCAAUGCUGAAGACCAAGUUGUGUUACUUUGCGAAAAUGAGCAGGUCCGUGACUACUACAUCAAGGUGUUCUGCAACGAGACGAACGAAUGGAGAGAUUCAAAGUCUUUUCCACUACCAGAACCACUGUCCAUGGCACUCUCAACAAGAGAUUCCUGUUACAUCUUGAGUAAGGGUAGAGGAGGAGUUCGAGUGAUUACUGAAGUUGGUGACAGCGGAAACAUCAUCCAAAAGCUAUCCUUGGCAACCCCUGUAAGAAUCCGAGACCACUUCAGAAUAACGACAACUGGGAAGCAUGUAUACACCAUGGGAAAAAGCUCAAUAGCAGAUUACUUCUUAGUGGACGGUAGCCUCACACCAACUGGUCACUUGAAGUACGGGAAAUCGGGAAUUGGGGACAUACGGUACAUGUUAGACAUCUCUGGUGUAUACUUCGGUGAUUUGUUUACAAUAAGGUAUCAUCCAGUAGGCGUAUCAGCAGUGGUAAAAUUCGACCCUGCAAUCAAGACAAGCAAACAUAUAUCUGUUCAUAGGCAGAGGGAUGACAGGGCUAUUGAGCGGAAACCCUGGACUCGUCUUCAUGUUCGCGGAAAUCAGCUACUCCUCUCAGAUGACGGGAAGAUUUCUGUAUUCAAGCUAACAGCACAAGCAAACAUGCCAGUGAGAGAGGCCAACGUUAAUAGGCUAGCUCAAGAAACACUGAUUGGUGGUCGGACAUUUUCCAAACCAACAGCAUCAUCAAUUGCAUCAGCAACCCCACCAAUUGGAUCAGCCUCGGCCUUGGGUAGAUUUUCAAAUCCAAAAGCUACAACAUUGUUAGUUGGAUCAACAACAGCAUUUGGGGCAUCUUCAAGUCCCAAGCAAAGAUCAUCAUCAUUGGGCCAAAUACAAGCAGCUCCAAAUAGAUACUUCUCUGCCAAAUCUACACCAUCACCAGUUUCAACAGCUUCAGCACCUGAUGGGUUUUCAUUCUCCAAGGCUACGGCAUCACCUGUUGUAACAGCAGCAGCUCCUCGUGGGUUCUCAUUCCUCAAGGCUACCGCAUCAUCACUUGUUCAAGCAGCAGCUCGUGGUGGACUCUCAUUUCCCAAAGCUACAACAACAUCAGUUGUAGCAGCAGCAGCUCCUGGUGGAUUCUCAUUUCCCAAGGCAACACCAGCAUCAGUCGUAACAGCAGCAGCUCCUGGUGGAUUCUCAUUUCCAAAGGCAACAACAGCAUCAGUUGUAACAGCAGCAGCUCCUCGUGGAUUUUCGUUUCCCAAGGCAACAACAGGAUCAGUCGUAACAGCAGUAGCUCCUGGUGGACUCUCAUUUCCUAAAGCUACAACAGCAUCAGUUGUAACAGCAGCAGCUCCUUGUGGAUUCUCGUUUCCCAAGGCAACAACAGCAUCAGUCGUAACAGCAGUAGCUACUGGUGGACUCUCAUUUCCCAAAGCUACAACAGCAUCAGUUGUAACAGCAGCAGCUCCUUGUGGAUUCUCGUUUGCCAAGGCAACAACAGCACCAGUCGUAACAGCAGUAGCUCCUGGUGGACUCUCAUUUCCCAAAGCUACAACAGCAUCAGUUGUAACAGCAGCAGCUCCUUGUGGAUUCUCGUUUCCCAAGGCAACAACAGCAUCAGUCGUAACAGCAGUAGCUCCUGGUGGACUCUCAUUUCCCAAAGCUACAACAGCAUCAGUUGUAACAGCAGCAGCUCCUUGUGGAUUCUCGUUUGCCAAGGCAACAACAGCACCAGUCGUAACAGCAGUAGCUCCUGGUGGACUCUCAUUUCCCAUAGCUACAAAAGCAUCAGUUGUAACAGCAGCAGCUCCUGGUGGACUCUCAUUUCCCAAAGCUACAACAGCAUCAGUUGUAACAGCAGUAGCUCCUUGUGGACUCUUAUUUCCCAAGGCAACAACAGCAUCAGUCGUAACAGCAGUAGCUCCUGGUGGACUCUCAUUUCCCAAAGCUACAACGGCAUCAGUUGUAACAGCAGCAACUCCGGGUGGAUUCUCAUUUCCAGAGGCAACAACAGCAUCAGUUGUAACAGCAGCAGCUCCUCGUGGAUUCUCGUUUCCCAAGGCAACAACAGCAUCAGCCGUAACAGCAGUAGCUCCUUGUGGAUUCUCGUUUCCCAAGGCAACAACAGCAUCAGUUGUAACAGCAGUAGCUCCUGGUGGACUCUCAUUUCCCAAAGCUACAACAGCAUCAGUUGUAACAGCAGUAGCUCCUGGUGGACUCUUAUUUCCCAAGGCAACAACAGCAUCAGUCGUAACAGCAGUAGCUCCUGGUGGACUCUCAUUUCCCAAAGCUACAACGGCAUCAGUUGUAACAGCAGCAACUCUGGGUGGAUUCUCAUUUCCAGAGGCAACAACAGCAUCAGUUGUAACAGCAGCAGCUCCUCGUGGAUUCUCGUUUCCCAAGGCAACAACAGCAUCAGCCGUAACAGCAGUAGCUCCUGGUGGACUCUCAUUUCCCAAAGCUACAACAGCAUCAGUUGUAACAGCAGCAGCUCCUUGUGGAUUCUCAUUUCCCAAAACUACAAAAGCAUCAGUUGUAACAGCAGCAGCUCCUGGUGGACUCUCAUUUCCCAAGGCAACAACAGCAUCAGUUGUAACAGCAGCAGCUCCUGGUGGACUCUCAUUUCCCAAAGCUACAACAGCAUCAGUUGUAACAGCAGCAGCUCCUGGUGGACUCUCAUUUCCCAAGGCAACAACAGCAUCAGUUGUAACAGCAGCAGCUCCUGGUGGACUCUCAUUUCCCAAAGCUACAACAGCAUCAGUUGUAACAGCAGCAGCUCCUGGUGGAUUCUCAUUUCCCAAGGCAACAACAGCAUCAGUUGUAACAGCAGCAACUCUUGGUGGAUUCUCAUUUCCCAAAGCUACAACAGCAUCAGUUGUAACAGCAGCAGCUCCUUGUGGAUUCUCGUUUGCCAAGGCAACAACAGCACCAGUCGUAACAGCAGUAGCUCCUGGUGGACUCUCAUUUCCCAUAGCUACAAAAGCAUCAGUUGUAACAGCAGCAGCUCCUGGUGGACUCUCAUUUCCCAAAGCUACAACAGCAUCAGUUGUAACAGCAGUAGCUCCUGGUGGACUCUUAUUUCCCAAGGCAACAACAGCAUCAGUCGUAACAGCAGUAGCUCCUGGUGGACUCUCAUUUCCCAAAGCUACAACGGCAUCAGUUGUAACAGCAGCAACUCCGGGUGGAUUCUCAUUUCCAGAGGCAACAACAGCAUCAGUUGUAACAGCAGCAGCUCCUCGUGGAUUCUCGUUUCCCAAGGCAACAACAGCAUCAGCCGUAACAGCAGUAGCUCCUUGUGGAUUCUCGUUUCCCAAGGCAACAACAGCAUCAGUUGUAACAGCAGUAGCUCCUGGUGGACUCUCAUUUCCCAAAGCUACAACAGCAUCAGUUGUAACAGCAGUAGCUCCUGGUGGACUCUUAUUUCCCAAGGCAACAACAGCAUCAGUCGUAACAGCAGUAGCUCCUGGUGGACUCUCAUUUCCCAAAGCUACAACGGCAUCAGUUGUAACAGCAGCAACUCUGGGUGGAUUCUCAUUUCCAGAGGCAACAACAGCAUCAGUUGUAACAGCAGCAGCUCCUCGUGGAUUCUCGUUUCCCAAGGCAACAACAGCAUCAGCCGUAACAGCAGUAGCUCCUGGUGGACUCUCAUUUCCCAAAGCUACAACAGCAUCAGUUGUAACAGCAGCAGCUCCUUGUGGAUUCUCAUUUCCCAAAACUACAAAAGCAUCAGUUGUAACAGCAGCAGCUCCUGGUGGACUCUCAUUUCCCAAGGCAACAACAGCAUCAGUUGUAACAGCAGCAGCUCCUGGUGGACUCUCAUUUCCCAAAGCUACAACAGCAUCAGUUGUAACAGCAGCAGCUCCUGGUGGACUCUCAUUUCCCAAGGCAACAACAGCAUCAGUUGUAACAGCAGCAGCUCCUGGUGGACUCUCAUUUCCCAAAGCUACAACAGCAUCAGUUGUAACAGCAGCAGCUCCUGGUGGAUUCUCAUUUCCCAAGGCAACAACAGCAUCAGUUGUAACAGCAGCAACUCUUGGUGGAUUCUCCUUUACCAAAGCUACAACAGCAUCAGUUGUAACAGCAGCAGCUCCUGGUGGAUUCUCGAUUCCCAAAGCUACAACAGCAUUAUAUGUAAAAACAGCAGCCCGUGGCGGAUGCUCUUUUACGAGAGCUACAGCAGCACCAGUUACAGCAGCUCCUCUUGGUGGAUUAUCAUUUCCCAAAGCUACAGCAUCAUCAGUUGUAACAGCACCAGCUCCUGGUGGAUUUUCAUUUCUUAAGGCUGCUGCAUCAUCAGUUGUUCCGGCAGCAGUUGAGCUUUUGCCAAGCGAGAAACGCUCCAUUGGGAUAGUUUCAUUACCAGAGGAAACAACUGAGUCAUCAUCAGAGGAGGAAGGUAGAAUUGAACUACAAGAAUCAGCACAAUCAGUCAAGGAAGACUCCUUUCAUACAGAGCUACAAGAAAAAGCAAUUGAGUCAUCAUCACCCAAGGGAUACUCCUUUGGUACCCCAAACGAAGUAGCUCAGAAAUCACUGGUCAAGGAAUUCAGAGUUGAAAUGCCAGAAGUUGAGCCAUUACGAGCCAAAUGUGACACAUUAUCGACAGACAAGAACAAGAAGAAGAUACAGUUGAGGCAACACCUGCCAUCAGUACAGUUGAACAAACAAAAGAACUGCCAGCAGGAACAGUUCAGCUACCAGAAGAAACCACUGAUGCAUCACCAAGUAACGUGUACGCCUCUGAGACAGUUGAACUCCAAGAAGAUGCAGCUGAAGGAUCAUCGGCCGCGGAACACACCUCUGAUAAUGAUGACCUCAUAGAAGAUGCAGUUGAAGCA